AUGGUUAGAAUCAUCAUUAAAGGAGGUGUUUGGAAGAACACUGAGGAUGAGGUACUAAAAGCGGCCAUUGCAAAAUAUGGAAAGAACCAAUGGGCUCGUAUAUCAUCCCUUCUGGUUCGGAAGACCCCAAAGCAAUGCAAGGCACGGUGGUACGAAUGGCUCGACCCCUCCAUUAAAAAGACAGAGUGGUCGAAGGAGGAAGAUGAGAAGUUGCUCCACCUUGCGAAACUCAUGCCGACGCAGUGGCGGACAAUAGCUCCCAUCGUCGGACGCACAGCUACGCAGUGUCUAGAACGGUAUCAGAAACUGCUGGAUGAAGCAGAAACUAAGGAGAAUGAGGAACUUGGACUAGCAGGGCCAGGAGGGGAGGCAGGGCCUGGUGCUGACGACGUUCGAAGGCUGCGACCGGGUGAGAUUGACCCUGACCCAGAGACGAAACCCGCGCGUCCAGACCCAAUUGACAUGGAUGAGGAUGAGAAGGAGAUGUUGUCCGAGGCGCGCGCCCGUCUUGCUAACACGCAGGGCAAGAAGGCGAAGCGUAAGGCUCGUGAGCGCCAGCUAGAGGAGGCACGUCGGCUGGCAGUACUUCAGAAGAAGCGUGAGCUGAAAGCGGCGGGCAUCAUCAUGAGGCACAAGACGAAAAAGAAGGGCAUGGACUAUAAUGCAGACAUUCCGUUCGAGAAGAAGCCUGCGCCAGGCUUCUAUGACACCUCAGAUGAGCAGGCACGCGAGACCACUGCACCUGUUGGCCAGACACUUCGUAGGCUCGAAAACAAGCGCAAGCCGGAAGAAGAGGAAGCGGAACGCAAAAAGCGCCAGCGUCGGGGGAAAGAAGGCGACAAUACACCACAUCAGACCAAGUUUGUCGCUGCGCGAGAUGCACAGAUUCAGAAGUUGAAAGAGGCGGAGUCGAUAGGGCGGCGGAGGAAGCUUAUGCUACCAGCAGCGCAGGUUGGCGAGAAUGAGCUGGAGGAGAUUGUGAAGAUCGGGCAGGCCGGUGAGGAGGCGAAAGCGUUAGUGGCUGGUGGAUCCGAGGCAACGGAACGUCUUCUGAGUGACUAUGAAGGCUUGGAGAAGGCAAGGAUGGCGCGGACACCAAGAACUGCACCUCAACAUGACAACGUCUUAUCGGAAGCACGAAACCUUCGCAACAUGACCAUGGCUCAGACGCCGCUCCUUGGCGAGGAAAACACGCCAAUCCACUCCGACCCACAAGGCGGCACUGGUUUCGAGGGUGCAACUCCACGUCACCAGAUCGCAUUUACGCCAAAUCCUCUGGCGACACCGAUGCGGGUGGGAGGAACUGAUGUCGCAGCUACGCCGCGCGAUCAGAGGGUUGGGGCGACGCCACUGCGCACACCGAUGCGUGAUAACCUGAGCAUCAAUGAGGAGGGUUACUCCAUGGCCGGCGAGACACCGCGCGAGCAGCGCAUACAACUGGGCUCGACGAAGCGGGCGCUCAAGGCAGCAUUCAUGAGCCUCCCAAAACCAGAGAACAACUUUGAGCUGCUCGUGCCUGAGGACGAGGACGAGGAGACGGGUGCCGAAGUGCUUGUAACAGAAGAGGAUGCCGCGGAAAGGGAUGCAAGACUCAAGCGCAUGCGGGAGGAAGAGGAGCGCAAAGCUCUCGCACGGCGAUCGCAGCCUGUGCAGCAGAGCCUUCCUCGACCACCGAAUGUGGAUAUCGAGCAGCUCCUGCAAAACCUCAACAUCUCCGCUGAGGAUGAGGCGACGCGGCUAGUCAACGAGGAACUCGCUUCGCUUCUCCGAUACGACUCGAUUGCAUACCCUCUGCCCGGCACUGCCCUCCCUGGAGGCACGCGGUCAAGCUAUGAGAUGCCAGCAGACGACUUUAUCGAUGCUGCCAAGUCGGCAAUCCAGGAAGAGCUCGCAUCAGCACUUGGAUACCCCGAUGCGAACGCCGAGCAGCUGAAGCAGGGUCUGUCGGUACUUUCCGCCCAGGAGGAGGUCGACGAAUCGCUCUCGUGGGCAAAUACCCGGCCGAUACUCGCGUAUAACGUUACCGAGAAGCGGUGGGUCGAUGCCGACUCCCUGACGUCUGAGGCGCGCAUCCAGGGCCUCUCGGUGCAACUGAAUGAGUACCGCGAGCAGAUGGCGAAGGAGGCACAGAAGGCGUCCAAGACGGAGAAGAAGCUUGGUGUCACGCUUGGCGGAUACCAGGUUCGCUCUCGCGGUCUCGUGCAACGCAUCGUCAGCGGCUUCGACGAGCUGCAGAAGACACAGAUCGAGCAUGACGCAUUUGCGCAUCUUCGUGCGAACGAGCUCGCAACGGGUCCUGUGCGCGUCGCUGCGCUCAAGGAAGAGGUCGAGCGCCUUGAGACGCGCGAGCGCAUGCUGCAGGGCCGCUACGCCGAGCUGGAGCACGAGCGACGCGAGACAGAGACACGCAUCGCUGCAGUCGAGGACAAGCUAAUGGCGGAGGCGGAGGCUUUGAACGACGCGGCGCUUGCGGAGUUGGAGGCCUGA